UGGAUGUUGGAUGCUGGGUGUGAGAGAGGGAGGAGGAGGAUGCUGCGCUCGAGCCGCCGCCGCUGCUGCUGCUGUUUUUAGCACGAGCUGCUCCGCCCGACACCGGGAGUAGAUGCGAGCCGCUCGGGAGCACGGCGGAGAGAGGAGUCGGUCGGUGGCGGCGGAGAAGCCGGAGACCUAGCAGCCGGCGGAGAGAGAGAGAGAGAGACCGAGGGACGGAGAGGAAAAGAAAGAGCGAGAGCGCGAGGGAGGAGAGAAAGGAGCUACACUAAUGGCUGCACUGCUGCUGGGCUCGAGCUCAUCGCCGCCGCUGCUGCCGCCGCCGUUACUGCUGCACCUCCUGCUCCUCUGCUCUUUGUUCGCCGUUGUCCCGGGAAGGGCGGCGGGGCCGUGCUGCUGCCGCCGCCUCGCCUCGCGCACCCACCCCCACCCAGCCCCGGGAGACGCGCGCAGCAUCACCGCCAGCGCCAGCCAGCUGAUCUGUGGCGGAGCACCGGGACCGGGGGCUCUGGCUGUAGGCGAGUCGGCCGCGCGCCCUGCACGGACUCUACUACUGGCAUUAGCGAGGAUUAACGGAUCGGGAUUAGGAACCGAGACCGACACACCAGACUCGCUUUCCAGAGCAGCUGAAAGCACGUUUAGCCGCCGCGAGCUUCUGCGUGCAUCAGAACCGGCGCCGCGGAGAAGAAACGGAACACACGGUAGAUACGCUAAACACGGUUACCGGCAGAAGGGCGUUGUUUUUUGCUCCCCCGUCCUCGCGGCUCCCCCUCUUCACGCCGGCAACAAGAGGGCCUUACAAAGGACUAGAGCGCGCUCGCGACACACCGCGCGCGUCCGUGCACGGGGCAGGGACCGGGCACGGGACCGCACUAGUUCUGACCCCCCUUUGUACAACUGGAGCACCGGGCCCGAGCACGGGAGAGAAAAGGUCUUCACAAGAGCGCGUGGCAACCUGCACGAGCGGCGUCUCUCAAAAGGCUGCUCCUAUUAUUGUUGUUCAAAUGUGUCUCGCGAUGCUUUACACGCCAAGAAAGUGGACAAAAGGAAAGUGGACAAAAGGAAAGUGGACAAAAGCAGCUCGCGCAUCCUCAACCCUAUCGAUCCCAGCAGAGGAUGCUGCUGCAAAGGGUCCUUUAAUACGGCCGCUGGGAAUACCGCGAGCUGUGAGGAGCGCGUGCACCGUGCUGCAAGCGAGAACAUCUGUGCCGAGUCGCACCGGAUUAGCCAGGUCACUGGCGCGAGCUCGAGCUCGUUUUUGAAGUGUUCCCCCAUUCAAUGCAAAAGUAGCACCGCGUGCUGGAGCACAAACACAACCGACGCCAGCGCUAAUUUCUGCGUGGAGCGUGCACCCGCACGUGCUUUAAAACAACCUGUGCAUGGAUUACUAUUAUCAUCAUCGUCCCAACCUGGAAAAAAUCUAACAUAUUCAUCUGCAUCACCUAAUUAUCAUACGUCUAAACUUGUUACGUGCCUGUCUGACUGUGCACGUGGCGAGAUCUUCUGUCUCUCUGACUCAUUAUGCUUUAGCGGUACCGGCUCCGUUACUCACACCAGGCUAAACUUCACUAAAAGAUCCGGUGAGUCACGCGCUCAGGAUGGGAGUAUUGAGGCUGGGGAUGAUGAUGAGGAGGAUAGAGGGAUGGAGGAAGAUUUAGCACUGAAAAAUAGAUCAGCUCACGAGAUCAGGAGUUCUGUUAGAAGUGUGUUUUUGUGGAAUAGUAAUAAUAAUAAUAACAAUAACAACAACAAUAAUAAUAAUAACAAUAUCAAUGGGAAUAACAGUCAAGUCAACCAUAGCGAGGAUUUAAACCAUACACAAAGUGAUCUAAUAGAUGAUGAGGAGAGCCUGCAUGAGUUAACAUCCCAAAGGCCACGUGUUGGUGCUCUACAGGGUUCCAUCCCAGUGGAGAAUCCACGCCCAGGCUUUCCUGAAAGCAGCAGCACCAGCAACAGCUCAGGUUUCAGCAGGGGAGCCACGCGUGCUCAAUUAAAAUCGGGUGGUAAAGGGGUGUCGCUACUAGCUGAGUCUGUCAGUCAGCAUGAGGAGCAGCUGGGGGCAGAGGGGAUGGAGGGAUGGGAGGGAGAGGUGGCGGAAGAGGGGAGGGUGGAGGACGAAAAGAGCAGGGGGAAGGGUAACAGGCAGGCUGGAGAGGUAGAUGGAGAGAAGAGAGAGAAAAAGGGAGUGUGGGUGAUUGCAGGAAGCACAAAGGGAGAGGCGUCGUGGGCAGGCGAGAAUUUACUGAGAGAGGGAGGAGAAGGUCAAAGUGGAGGCACCUCAGAAGCAGCGCGAGAGGCUGAUAGUGAGAGAGAGAGAGGCGAGACGGGAGACGAGAACAAAGACUGGCAGGAAAUCAAGGGAACACAGGCAGUUCAAGAUGACUCAAAACGUGGCGGCGACUGGGUAGACAGCGCACAAAUGAAUGUUGACACUCAAAGCAUGAAACAAACAGAAAGAGAGAGUAGCGAAGAAAAAGCGAGCGAGGGUGAGGAACGCUCCGAUGAUCAGACAGGUGUCCCUCCUGUUGGACGUUCCCGUAGAGCCGCUAAUCGACACCCCCAUUUCCCUCAGUAUAACUACCAGGUUCAGGUGGCAGAAAACCAGCCUCCUGGUACGUCAGUCAUAUCAUUGACAGCAGAGGACCCAGACGCUGGGGAGGCUGGCAGACUCAGCUACAGCAUGGCCCCCUUAAUGAACAGCAGGUCCAUGGAUUACUUCCAUAUCGAUCCAAUAACCGGCCUAAUCACAACCACACAUAUACUAGACAGAGAGCACAUGGACUUGCAUUACUUCAGAGUGACAUCCACAGAUCACGGCUCACCACGUCUAUCCGGAACCACGAUGGUGGCGAUCACCGUGUCAGACCGAAACGACCACUCUCCAAUUUUUGAACAGACUGAGUAUCGCGAGACAAUUCGGGAAAAUGUAGAAGAAGGGUAUCCCAUCUUGCAGCUUCGCGCAACCGAUCUGGACUCUCCAACGAAUGCCAACAUCCGUUACAGGUUCAUUGGAGAAAGUGCAGUCACCGCACGUUCUGCCUUUGAGAUUGACCCACGAUCUGGCCUGAUCACCACAAGAGGCAUUGUUGACCGAGAGGUGAACGAACGCUACACCCUACAGGUUGAAGCAAGCGAUCAAGGACGAGAGCCGGGCCCCAGGUCAGCGACAGUAAGCGUUCACAUAACUGUUUUAGAUGAAAACGACAACGUUCCACAAUUCAGCCAAAAACGCUAUGUAGUGGCAGUUCGAGAAGAUGUGCGACCUCAUUCUGAGAUUCUGCGAGUCAGCGCAUCCGAUGAGGAUAAGGAUGUGAAUGCUGCUGUGCACUACAACAUAAUCAGUGGGAACAGCAGAGGACAGUUCGCUAUUGAUAGUGUCACUGGAGAAAUCCAGGUGGUGGCGCCACUGGACUUCGAGUCAGAGCGAGAGUACACCUUGCGGCUACGGGCUCAAGACAAUGGUCGCCCACCUCUUUCUAACAACACUGGAAUUGUGAGUGUGCAGGUCACUGACGUCAAUGAUAAUCCACCUAUCUUUGUAUCCACCCCUUUUCAGGCCACAGUUCUUGAGAGCGCCCCUAUUGGUCACUCCAUACUGCACAUACAGGCCAUUGACACUGACAGUGGUGAUAAUGCACGAUUAGAGUACAGAUUGACAGGAACUGGCACAGACACACCCUUUGUCAUUAAUGCAGCUACUGGGUGGGUCACAGUGAGUUCAGAGCUUGAUCGAGAAUCAGUGGAGCACUAUUUCUUUGGAGUUGAAGCCAGGGAUUACGGUGCACCACCUCUAUCUGCUACAGCCAGUGUUACAAUCACUGUGAUGGACGUCAACGAUAAUCGGCCAGAGUUUCUGCAGAAGGAGUACUUCGUUCGUCUGAACGAAGAUGCAGCAGUUGGAACGAGUGUUGUUAGCGUAACAGCAGUUGACCGUGAUGUGAACAGUGCUGUGACCUACCAGAUCACUGGUGGCAACACGCGCAACCGAUUUGCUAUCAGCACAGCUGGUGGAUCUGGCCUUCUUUCCCUGGCACUGCCACUCGACUACAAACAAGAGCGGCGCUACGUGCUAACAGUCACUGCCUCUGAUAGAACCCUUCACGAUACAUGUCAGGUGCAUGUGAACAUCACGGAUGCCAACACCCAUCGGCCUGUGUUCCAAAGUGCUCAUUACUCCAUAAGCGUGAAUGAGGACAGACCUCCUGGAAGCACUGUGGUGGUGAUCAGCGCCUCUGAUGAAGAUGUAGGAGAAAAUGCUCGCAUCACUUAUUUCCUAGAGGACAACAUUCCACAGUUUCGUAUUGACCCUGCAACAGGUGCCAUCACUCUCCAAGCUGAGCUGGACUACGAGGACCAGAUGACGUACACUCUUGCCAUCACCGCUCGUGACAAUGGAAUUCCGCAAAAAUCUGACACAACCUAUGUAGAGGUCAACGUGAACGAUGUGAACGACAAUGCACCACAGUUCCUCAGCCCUCGUUAUCAAGGUGGAGUCAGUGAAGAUGCCCCACCCUUUACCAGCGUUCUACAGAUCUCUGCCACCGAUCGUGACGCUCACGCCAACGGCCGAGUGCAGUAUACCUUCCAGAACGGAGAAGACGGCGACGGAGAUUUCACAAUUGAACCUACAUCCGGAAUAGUGCGCACAGUGCGUCGCCUGGACCGGGAGAGUGUUCCAUUCUAUGAGCUAACAGCAUUUGCAGUCGAUCGUGGCGUUCCACCACAGCGCACGCCUGUACACAUCCAGGUCAGCGUGAUGGACGUUAAUGAUAAUGCUCCCGUCUUCCCUGCCGAUGACUUCGAGGUUCAAGUCAAAGAGAACAGUGCUGUUGGCUCCGUUGUAGCUCAGAUCACUGCCACUGAUCCGGAUGAAGGCCCCAAUGCUCAGAUUAUGUAUCAGAUUGUGGAAGGCAACAUUCCUGAGAUCUUUCAAAUGGACAUCUUUUCCGGAGAACUCACGUCUCUGAUUGACCUGGACUACGAGACGCGCAACGAGUACGUCAUUGUAGUUCAGGCCACGUCAGCGCCUCUCGUGAGCCGAGCCACGGUGAGGAUUCGCCUCGUAGAUCAAAAUGACAACAAGCCUGAAAUGCAGGACUUCCAGAUAAUAUUCAACAACUUUGUGUCAAACCGUUCCAACACCUUCCCGAGCGGAAUCAUCGGGCGGGUUCCGGCCCACGACCCGGAUGUGACGGACCGGCUCUACUACACCAUCGAGCGCGGCAACGACCUCCACCUCCUGCUGCUGAAUCACACCAGCGGAGAGAUUCGCCUCAGCCGCAAACUGGACAACAACCGUCCUCUGGUGGCCCCCAUGCUGAUCACCGUCACGGAUGGAGUUCACAGCAUCAGUGCGCAGUGUGUGCUGCGGGUGCUGAUCAUCACCGAGGACAUGCUGAGCAGCAGCGUCACCGUCCGCCUCCAGAACAUGUCCCAGGAGCACUUCCUGUCCCCGCUGCUGACUCACUUCCUGGAGGGCGUGUCCUCCGUGCUGUCGGUUGCCCCGGACGACGUGUUCGUGUUUAAUAUUCAGCCGGACGCGGAGACGGAGCGCGUGCUGAACGUUAGCUUCUCGGCGGCGCUGCCCGGAGGACACUACUUCCCCUCUGAAGCUCUGGAGGAACAGCUGUACCUCAACAGACCCCGCCUCAACAUGCUCGCACAGAUGCAGGUUCUCCCGUUUGAUGAUAACGUGUGUUUGCGUGAGCCCUGCCAGAACUACAUGAAGUGCAUCAGCGUCCUGCGCUUCAACAGCUCCGCCCCCUUUAUCUCCUCCCCCUCCAUGCUCUUCCGGCCCAUCCACCCAAUCGCGGGCCUGCGCUGCCGCUGCCCGCCGGGCUUCACCGGGGAUUACUGCGAGAUUGAGAUUAAUCUGUGCUACUCUAAUCCCUGCCUGAACGGAGGAGUCUGCGCUCGCAGAGAGGGGGGGUACACCUGCAUCUGCAGAGAGGAUUACACAGGUGAGCGGUGUGAGUUUGACCGGAGGGCGGGGCGCUGUGUGGCGGGGGUGUGUCGUAACGGUGGGACGUGCCGGGAGCUCUCCGGUGGGGGGUUUCGGUGCGAGUGUCCGGCGGGGGGGUACGAGAGACCCUACUGCACCGUCACCACCCGAUCAUUCCCCCCCAAAUCCUUCAUCAUGUUCAGAGGACUGCGCCAGAGAUUCCACCUGUCAAUCACCCUGUCGUUUGCCACUCUAGAGAGCAGUGGGCUGCUGUUUUAUAACGGACGGUUUAAUGAGAAGCACGACUUCCUGGCUCUGGAAAUCCUGGAUGGACAGGUGGUGCUGAAAUACUCCACAGGUGAGUCCUCCACACAGGUGAGUCCGUACCUGCCCGGGGGAGUGAGUGAUGGGAAUUGGCACACGGUCCACAUCCACUAUUAUAACAAGCCGAAGCGCAGUGUGAGCGGGGAGGUGCAGGGUCCGUCUGAUGAGAAGGUGGCGGUGGUGAGCGUGGAUGAUUGUGACACAGCCGUCGCUCUGAGAUUCGGAGUCCAGCUGGGAAACUACAGCUGUGCAGCACAGGGCAAACAGAGCAGCAGCAAGAAGUCUCUGGAUCUGACCGGGCCGCUGUUUCUCGGCGGAGUGCCGAAUGUUCCGGAUAAUUUUCCGUUUGGAACGAGGGAGUUUAUCGGCUGUAUGAAGGAUCUGCACAUUGAUAACAGACCGGUGGACAUGGCGGGAUACGUUGCGAACAACGGCACUCUGCCAGGCUGCAGUGCUAAGCUGCCCUUCUGUAAGUCCAACCCCUGCCAGAACGGAGGAACCUGCCGGGUCAGCUGGGAAACGUUCUCCUGCGACUGUCCUCUCGGCUUCGGGGGGAAGGACUGCAGCCACGUGAUGCCACACCCCCACCGUUUCCUCGGCAACAGUGCUCUAUGGUGGGAUCUGAAGAACGACGUCACCAUCAGCACCCCCUGGUACCUGGGGCUGGUGUUCCGCACCCGGGCCAAAGAGGGGGUUCUGCUGCAGGCCCAGGCCGAGCAGUACACUCACCUCAUCUUUCAGUUGACGGGGGGUCAGCUGGUGUUCUCGGUGGCUCGGCGGGCGGCUCAGCCGGUCCGGUUGCGGUUGGAUCAGGUACAGGUGUGUGAUGGACGUUGGCACGACCUGCAGCUGGAGCUCAGAGACAUCCGGAGCGGACGAGAGACGCGCUACGUAGCUACUGUCAGACUGGACUUCGGACUGUACCAGGGCACGGUGAUCGUGGGCAGUGAGAUUCAUGGUCUGAAGGUGAAGCAUCUUCAUGUGGGCGGAGUUCUGGGAGCUGGAGAGGUUCAGAGCGGGAUCCGAGGCUGUAUACAGGGGGUGCGUUUAGGGGUGCGCCCGGAUUCCCCCACAUUGCCACGCCCCUCCAGAGCCAUCAAAGUGGAGGCUGGAUGUAGCGUUAACAACCUGUGUAACUCCUCCCCCUGCCCCGCCCACAGCCGCUGUGCAGACGAAUGGGAGCGCCACACCUGUAUAUGCGAGCCAGGUUUUUACGGGAAGAGCUGUGUGGACGCCUGUAAGCUGAACCCGUGUGAGAAUGAAGCUCAGUGCCACAGGAAGCCCAGCUCCUCCCACGGCUACAUCUGUGACUGUGGAGAUAACCACUACGGCCAGUACUGCCAGCACAGGAGUGAACAGCAGUGCCCUCGUGGUUGGUGGGGAACCCCUACAUGUGGACCAUGCCACUGUGAUGCCAGUAAAGGCUUUGACCCGGACUGCAACAAGACCACUGGACAGUGCCACUGCAAGGAGUUUCAUUACCGUCGGAGGGGCAGUGAGGUGUGUUUGCCGUGUGACUGCUACCCAGUUGGCUCCUUCUCCCGGUCAUGUGACCCUGAAAGUGGGCAGUGCCAGUGCCGGCCGGGCGUGAUUGGUCGACAGUGCAACAUGUGCGACAAUCCAUUCGCUGAGGUCACACAGACAGGAUGUGAAGUGAUCUACGACGGCUGCCCAAAGACCAUCACACUGGGGAUCUGGUGGCCCAGAACCAAGUUCAACCUGCCUGCUGUCGUACCCUGUCCCAAAGGAUCAGUAGGAGCUGCUAUUCGUCACUGUGAUGUAGAUCGAGGCUGGCUGGAGCCUGAUUUGUAUAAUUGCACAUCCCCUGCUUUCGUUGAGCUAAAUACAGCGCUGGAGGCUGUUGAGAGGAAUGAGACAGAGCUGAACACCAUCAUGGAGAAGAAGUUGGCUCAUCAGCUGCGUGACGUCACCGAGGCGACAUCCCGUCUCUAUGGUAACGACCUCCAGAUCGCCGAGCGACUGCUGUCCCGCCUCAUGACCUUCGAGAGUCUUCAGACGGGCUUCGGUUUGACGGCCACUCAGGACGCACACUUCACCGAAAAUGUGUUGAGGGCGUGCAGUGUGUUGCUGGGGUCCUCCAGUGCGGGUCUGUGGCGUGCCCAGAGCGGCGGGCAGAGCGGGGCAUCGGGUCUGGCAGAUCUACUGGAGCAAUACUCCCGAACCCUCGCUCAGAACAUGAAACAAACCUACCUCAACCCUGUAGCACUGGUGGCACCCAAUAUCGUGAUGACUGUGGACCGUGUGGAGAACCACACUCACGUGAGGAGGCGGUUUCCGCGGUAUCACAGUACGCUGUUCCGAGGGCAGGCUCUGUGGGACAGUCAUACCCACGUGGUGCUGCCACCUAGUGCCCUAGUGCCACAGCGCAGCCUCUUUCCAGCGCUGCCUCCACCCGCCCCUGUUAGUCUGCUGGCCAAUCAGACUCCAGAGAUGCAGGCGGCUCGGCGAACCGCGUUUCUGCCCGACCCCCCCAUCACCAUCGUCAUCCUGCUCAUAUACCGCAGCCUGGGCGCCGCUCUACCUCCCAAAUACCACACCGACCGCCGGGGAGUCAGGCUGCCGCGUCACCCCGUGCUGAACUCUCCGGUGGUCAGUGUGUCUGUAUUUAAUAACCAGUCGUUUGUGGAGGGAUUCCUGGACUCUCCCAUCGUACUGGAGUUCAGAUUACUGGAGACCAGUAACCGCAGCAAACCCCUGUGUGUGCAGUGGAACCACACCAGCACUGUGUCAGUAGGAGGGUGUUGGACGGUGCGGGACUGCAGUGUUGUCUACAGGAAUACAUCACAUGUUCGCUGUCAGUGUCACAAACUGGGGACCUUCGGAGUUUUAAUGGACAGCUCACAACGAGAGCAGUUAGAGGGGGAUCUGGAGACGCUGGCUAUAGUAACGUACACGUCGUUGACGAUUUCGAUGUUAGCGCUGUUGCUAACGGUUAGCGUGCUCUCCUGUCUGAGGGGGCUGAAGUCCAACACUCGCAGUAUUCACUCCAACAUGGCCGCCGCCACGCUGCUCUCCCAGCUCACCUACCUGCUCGGCAUCAAUCAGACCGAACAACAGUUCCUGUGUACGGUGGUGGCGAUUCUCCUGCAUUAUUUCUUCAUGUCUGCGUUCGGGUGGUUGUUUGUGGAGGCGCUGCAUGUUUACCGCAUGCAGACUGAAGUACGAAACAUCAACUACGGAGCCAUGCGCUUCUACUACGCCAUCGGCUGGGGAGUACCUGCUAUUAUUACAGGGCUGGCUGUGGGUCUGGAUCCUGAAGGUUAUGGAAACCCUGAUUUCUGCUGGAUUUCUCUGUAUGAUAAACUCAUCUGGAGCUUUGCUGGACCAAUAGCCAUCGUCAUACUGAUGAAUGGAGGGAUGUUUACGAUGGUUCUGCGUAUGACGUGUAAUCUGUCUCAAAAAGAGACAAAGAAGCUGCCUGUAAUUGCCACUAUCCGCAGUGCCUUUCUUCUGCUGCUGUUGAGCGCGUGUGUCUGGUUUUUCGGGCUAAUGGCCGUCAAUAACAGCAUCCUGGCCUUCCACUACCUCUUUAUCGUCCUCUGCUGUAUACAGGGUUUGGCGGUGUUCCUGGUGUUCACGCUGUUUAACUCAGAAGUGCAGGAAGCCUGGAAAGUGGCCUGCAUCGGCAAGAAGAGUCCCAGCGAGGAACCUGCUCGACCACCCCAGAUUACCGGUCAGAAUCCGUACAACAGUGCCUCCCUGCUGGAGCAGAGUGGAUUACACCGCAUCACACUGGGAACAUCCACCAUAUCAUCAGUCAGCAGUGCUCGUAGGGAAAACCUUCUAGCGCGUCAGACUGCUGAGCACACGCUGGGUCACACCGGGGCCACGGACCUGGACGUGGCCAUGUUCCACCGCAACGGAGGUACACUCACACACAAUAACCUGCCUGCAUGUGAGGACUCAGACUCGGACUCUGAUCUCUCGUUGGAGGAGGAGAGAAGUCUGUCCAUCCCGUCCUCCGAGAGCGAGGACAACGUGCGUCUCCGCGGACGCAUCCAGCGACGUUUCAAAAGGACCAAUCACAGUGAGCGACUGCUCACAGAGCCCGCCCACAACGGCACCAAAGAUCUGGAUGGGAAUGAUCUGCUCUCCUAUUGGCCAGCCUUGGAGGAGUGUGAGGUGCACUCUCUGCAAAAAUGGGGUUCAGAGCGCCGCCUAGGGCCCGAUUACAGCAAAGACGCCGCAAACAACAACCAGACAGAUGCAGCGCUGACCAGCGGGGACGAGAACGGACUCACACAUACACACAGACACCGCAAAGGUAUCUUGAAGAAUCGUCUGGGUUGUCCUCCGGCUCUGCAGGGUUUAUCUGCGGUGGGUCGGGUUCCGAGUGAACUGUCCUGGUACCGCACCUCCACUCUCGGCCACCGGGGCGUCCCGGCCGCCUCCUACGGGCGCAUGUACUCAGGCACGGGCUCGCUGUCCCAACCAGCGUCUCGAUACUCGUCCCGGGAGCAACUGGACUCGUUGGCGCGGCGACAGCGUUCCCGCGACAACCUGGACCUGCUGCCACGGCGACGGGAGCCCGGGGCCGAGCAUCUGGGCGGGUCCAGAGAGCGCCUGGGUCCCAUCCACAGCUUCCACGCCUCCAGGGAGGAUCUAGCGGCGGGGAUGGGCGUGGCCGGGCUGAUGGGGGUGGAGAGUUCGUUAGGCGGGUCGAGGGGGCAGCUUAGCACCCUGACGAGGCGUCAGGCGUCUCGGGAGCACCUCGGGGGGGCGCUGAUGAGCAGCCGGUCGCGAGAGCAGCUGGAGACUAACGGAGCCGGGGGGUCGGCUCAACCCUGCCGCGAGUGGCUCCGGACUCUUCCCCCCCGACAGCUCUCGCACCCGGAGCCGCACCCCACCUCCUCCCCCCCUCCACCAAUCACAGAGGAGCCCCAGGAAGCUCUGCCUCAGCGGCGUGGCCGUCUAGACUCCGCCCCUCCAUGUAGGUACACCGCAGCAUCCUCUGCAACAGCCCCCGGAGCUCCGCCCAGUCGCCCUCCCUCCAGUGAACACCUGGACAUUCUCUCCUCCAUCCUCGCCUCCUUCAGCUCCUCUGUGCUAACCCCGCCCCCUAACCCCGCCUCUGCAGCCGCCGGCCCCUCCCCCUCCCCGCCUCCUCACUCCGCAACCUCUCAGAGCGUCUCCGAAGUGUCGCCAGACUCUGAAGCUCACAGAAGUGAAGGACAGUCUUGAUGAUCCUCUCAGUCCCAUGAUGCAUUUCUGCUCAUGGGCGCAGAGGGACUGCAAGUGGUGAAGUGUGACGAGCGGCAAAGUCUUCAGGUGCCUCUCGGACAUUGAGAUCACCUGUGGGUUUGACUGAUUGAGGAGACUGGGGGGCGGAGUCUGAUCUGAUCACAUGGUUUCCAGUCACAUUUUACGACAGCCUACCAAGACCCAGGAGAGCGUGAGAAACACGAGGAACGUAAGACGCAUCGAUCUGUACUGGAUGAGAACUCUACGAUGGAGCGACGGAAGAUCGGACCGAGCGGCCGGAGGACGAGGGGAAACACAGCCUGUACAGAACCUUUUUAUACAUUUUUGUAUUUUUUUCAUUGGAGACGACAGAAAAAAAAAUCUGAAGUGAUGUUUUUAAAGAUUGUGUCCGGCGUUUGGGGGUGAGGGGUUGUGGGGUGAGUGGAUUUGUGUUUUAAUGGAGAAAAACCUCCAUUCUUAAACCCUAAACCCAAAGCAUUUCCAACCAACCCCAAUCCCAAACUGAUCCCCACUGUCCUGUACUGUAUCUUCUGUUAUUAUUUUUAAUGUACAUCUCUACCACUGACAGUGUGAUGAAGCGGGGAAUUAGAUAUAAGGGGUUGCACAAUGAAACUGAAACACCUGGUUUUAGAGCACAGUAAUUGAUUGUGGUGACGGACAGUUCUGGUGGAAACAGGAGAGUUGAGGUGCACAUUGAAUUCUGCGUGAUUUGAUCAGCCGUGGUUUUAUGUUUUUUGGAUACAAUCCGGGUUAGCACCCGAACAUCCCUUUCAGACAGCUUCCUCUUACAGCGUCCACAGUUAAUCCUGUUGGAUGUGGUUGGUCCUUCUUGGUGGUAUGCUGACAUUACCCUGGAUACCGUGGCUCUUGAUGCAUCACAAAGACUUGCUGUCUUGGUCACAGAUGCUCCAGCAAGACGUGCACCAACAAUUUGUCCUCUUUUGAACUCUGGUAUGUCUCCCAUAAUGUUGUGUGCGUUGCAAUAUUUAGAGCAGAACUGUGCUCUUACCCUGAUAAUUGAACCUUCACACUCUGCUCUUACUGGUGCAAUGUGCAAUUAAUGAAGAUUGAACACCAGGCUAAAAUGACAGGUGUUUCAGUUUCAUUGUUCAACCCCUGUAUAUAUAUAUAUAUACUAAGACUGUACUGGGAUCAGAGGCUUGGGUCAGUUAAGUGAUGAUCAGUGAGGGAGUGGACGCCUCUGAUUGGUGGGAAGCUCCAGCAGUAGGUAUUGAUUGUAAUGUAAAGUAAUGGGAGAGAUGUGAGAGAUGUGAUUAGACCGAUAUUGAUUGUGAAUGAAGGGAUUGUUUAAAGGCAGCUGGGUUUGAUGAGGAGAUGAUGGUAGAUAAUGAAUGGUCUUUGAGAUGGUCUUAAUGUUCUGCUCAAACAUACUCCACUCCAGCUGUAGAAAACUCACAUGUCCAUCCUUUAACCCCAUAGAUUAUGUUUUUGUUAGAUCUGAUGCCUUGUCAUGCUUUUAAUGACUUUUUAAUACCAUUAUUAACAUCAGUUUUAUAGGUCCGAGAAUAGAACCCUGUAGGACUCCACAAGAUAAUCCAGUUUAACCAAACAGUAACCGAAUCAUUUACAACACAAUUCUCAACUGGGGUUAAAAACUUAACAACUACCUUGGGGUUAAGUCCAAUUUAUGCUUUUGUGUUCAAGUUAUGCCAUAUUCUACGCACAUCCUAUAAUACAGUGUACAAUAGGGGUGGGCGAUAUGGCCCUAAAAUAAUAUCACAAUAUUUCACUGCAAGAAAAUGAAACUUGUAUUAUUGUAUUAUUACUGCAUGCAAUAUGAUAUGGCACACCCCUAACUGAGAUUUUUAAAAUAAAAUACAAGAAAAUGAUCAGAUUUACAGUAACAGAAAUCAAUGAUCCAGAAUGUCACAAUUAUAUUAAUAAUGCACUCCAAAUAUCUCCAUUUAUCCAGGAUUAAAUUAAAAUAAAUGAUACUGGACAGAUAUAAUCUGUCUCUAGUAGAUUUAUAAUGGGAAAUGAUGAGAACAGUGUGAAUUUUGAACAGUAGAACAGUAGAACCCUGAUGUGGUAAUUAGGGGUGGGUUAUAAGGCACCAUAUUUCAGGGUAUAAUAUUAAUAAUCACCAUAUUCAAAUAUGUUGGCUUUAGUAUUGCGUACGAUAUAAUAUGGCACACCCCUAGUCUACAAUAAUCUCCAAAAAUGCAGCAACUCUGAUUGGUGCAUUGAGCGUUGUAUUCGCACUGUUCAGGCGGACACAGAAACACCAUUGCACAAGUAUAAAUGCUCACAAAGCCAAUGGUUUUAGUAACUAAGAUUGUUUUGUCACUAAAAGAUUAUUUUCACAAAUAUAACUGGUUUGCUCUGGUCUGAAUCAGUUAUUUAGUUUAUAAUCCUGGAAUGUUUUCGCUUGGUUUUUGUAUGGAUUGGUUUUGUUUCACACACGUAAAAUAUUUAAGCAAAUUAAAAAACUUUACAACAAGCCCCGUGAUCAACGUUCCUUUUGCUGAUUGGUCAGAUCUGUCCAAUUGAAGUGAAGCAAAAAGGGAAAUACAGGACCAUCUCCUUUAAAGUGCGGUUUGUUUGGUUGUUUUUUGUUUUUUAUCCAAAUCCAGAUUAAACACAGCAAUUGCUGCGUUCACACCUGCCCAAACAAACUGCAUUAAAGUAAAAAAAGAAAAAAUGAACUGAUUUGUUUAAAUAAAAAGCAGGGUAAAAAUGUGUAGGUAUUAAAACAUUCAAACACAAAAUUUGAAAUGCUGCUUUGAGGAAACUGGGCACUAAAAUGAUCCAAAAUUAUGGUAUUUGAGUAUUUUGUUUAAGUUCUACACUAGCUCAUCGUAGACUCGCAGCAGUGGUAUCUAGUCAGUCUGUAUGAUAUUUUUGGGAGUGUGUUUGAGCAGAAUCUGUCUGAUGGAAUGUGUACAUUUCAGUUUUAUAUCUGGUCUAAAUCUGAUUCAGGAAUAAAUGCUUUAGUUGUGCAGUUUAUUAGGGUUCAGAUGGAGGAGAAGGACGAGCAGCUGGUCUAGAUUAGCUCUAAGUGACUGUAUUGAUUGGGAGAUGGAAGGCUGUCGCGUCGAAGACGAUUCAGAUCAACGUCAAUCAAGAGUUUAAGAGGCGGAAGAUCAAACAGACACAAACCAAACUCUACAAACGGUGCUGAAAAUCUCAUACAGAUACAGUGUUUUAAUCAUUUAAACCAUUUAAACUGUAUAAAAGCAUGGACAACGUGGUUUUAAUGCAUCAUGUUCUGUAGAAAUUAAGCCAAAAUUGUCCAACAUGUUGUAAAAUUUCCAACCAGUGUCAUUAAAACAGUAUAAACCAAUGUGGCAGCCCAGCAUCAGUCUCAGACUGCCUUCCUUAAGUUUAUAAUGUUAUAUUAUAGUUAUUAGAAGCAAAGCAUACUUGGAUUUUACCAUGUAUUCCUCCUUCCAAGUUUGUAUCAGUAAAAGUGUAGUUUAUGUACUUAAUUACCAAACAUUUACAAUCAUUUUCUAUCAGAUUACAGUUCUGUAGAUGAGCUCUGUUUAACGCUAAGACCAACCGAAGCUAAUACUCUAGUUUAAUGUUCUAAUUAGAUCUUACUUGCCUCAAAUUACAGUUAUAUAUCGCCUUAAUGCUACUUAAGGCACUUAAGGAUGCUUACAAUUAUAUUUCGCACAAACUCAACACACACUGGUGAGAAGCAGCAGCCAAUCGCGCACAGCAUACUCUUAACCGGAAACCACCGUCCACCUGUAGGACUGAAUCCAGCACAUAUACACGCCAAUCUUUUGGGAAAUUUAGAGUAUCAAAUUGUACCUGAUCUCCAUGUUUUUGGACUAUUUAUAAACCCUUUAUAGAGUACCCUUAUUUUAAAGUGAUAGCCACUAUUAUAAAUCAGAAUUACUGAAAAAAACUGAGAACAAAUAACUUUAUUACAGAGAGUUUAUCUGUUAACAACACCACAAUAUCAACCAACCCCACAUGAUCAAUAACAGUAUUAUUGAUUAUCUAGCAAAUUAGCUACCUAACUACAGCUGCCUGUUAAUCACUUAAUUUAUUCAUUCACAUAUACAUUUAUGUUAUAAGUGUAGCUCCGCCUUCUUCUUACGAAAAUAAAGAUAGAUAAAGUUUAUAAAUUUUAUUUUAUAGAUUUGUGGAGAGAAAUAAAAAUAACUAAAAAUGUAGCAUCAUUAGCAUAGAGAAAACUAACUGUUGGAAUUAAACACUGGAAAGUAGGCGGGGCUGUUUUGUGAUUGAAACACUUUGGGGUGGGCGGAGCUACAAGCUGCCAUACUCCCUGCGCUCGCUGUCCAUGCUUUUAUACAGUCGUUAAAAAGAUUAAAUAUAAAGAAAAAUGAAAACGUAUCGCUCUCCUGAUACUGCAGUAUCAUAUCUGAUGGUUCUACGGUUCUACCGAAUAAAUACGAGAACCGAUAUCAUUCCUUUUAUACCUCAUGCCUGUCUAAAAGUGCUCCGAUCCUUCUGUUUGUUUGUUUGUUUUUUUUACUACUUUUAUCUUUUAUAAUUGAUUUAUUUAUCACGAUGUACCUUUAUCUUGUACAGACAUCAGAUUAAUUUAUUUUAUUUAUUGAUUGCUGAUAUUUAUCAAGGUUAAUUUAUUGGUUGGCGCAUCAUAUCAUUUUUUUCCUGGAGUGUUUUUAUAACUGUGUGUGUGUGUGUGUGUGCGCACGAGUGUGUGUGUGUGUGUGAGAGAGUGUGAAAGAGUGAGAGAGUGAUUGGAAGGUUUUUUUUUUUUGAAAGUUGAUGAAAAGAGAGUGACGUUUACUUUGUUAAAAUGUAAAACGUGUAACAUUUUGGUACAUGUAUUGUUUGAUAUGAGCCCCCUUUACUACUAUUGUUACCAGUGCAUUAAAAAAAAAACAUGCAAAAAGAAAAAUACACUAUAUGUCCAAAUGUUUGUGGACACCCCUUUUAAAAUAAAUGAUUUAUUGAGCUACUUUUAAGAAAGCUGCACCUACUGCUGACACAGAUGUGCAAAUGCACACUCAAAGCUCGUCUAGUCCCUGUAUUAAAAGAGAAAUACCGCCAAAAGAAUAGAACUCUCUGGAGACAAAAAUUAACUAACAAUGAACUAGAGGCAUCCUGUCUGUACUUUCCAGUAUGUUUAUGUAGGGCUGGGCGAUAUUGUAUCAUAAUUGUAUCAUGAUAUUUUACAUUUCAAUUUUCACGAUACACAAUAUUAGAUGCUUAAUUUUGACAAUACUUAGACAAAACAUUCUUUAAAAAAUUGCUAUAACUGCUAUAAUAUCCCAUAGUUAAUGCUAGAGGUGGGCGAUAUGGCCCUAAUAAAACAUCACGAUAUUUCAGGAUAUUUUUGAGAUAACGAUAUUUUUGACAAUAUGACAAAAUAUUGAGUUAAAAAUUAAACUGCAACAAAAUUAAUAUAAAAGUUUGUAUGGUGAUAUUGUUGUGUAAUAAUUAUGAGUUUCUUUGAUUUUACCAAAUAGAAAACCAUAUUUUUUUUUACGAUAUUCCAAAAUAUUUUCAAUAUUAUUGUGCACAAUACGAUAUGGCACACUCCUAGUUAGUACAAUUACUUUUAUUCAAAAUAUGCUAACUUUAUCUAGUUCUAGUUCUCAAUUAGUUAAUGUUUUUUAAACACAAUAUUCUCCAAAAAUUGAAUUGUUUACAAUAAAUCUGAUCACAAAUAAUUAAAAUAUCAUACUGCCAUAUCACCCAGCUCUACUUUUGGUAUGAUUUGUCACUCUCGAUACUGAAUGCAAUCAAAUUCAGCAUUACUGAGUAGCAUCACAGCGCUAACGCUCGGAGGAAAGCGCAGCGACUCGGUUCUGAUACAUCAGCUCACAGACGCAGCCUUGUGCUGAUCCACAUCACCCUAGGAGUGAUGAGGGGAAAGAGAGAGCGCCAUCUACUGUACUGUACCCACCCAGAGAGAGCAAGACCAACUUUGCUUUCUCAGGGCUCUGGCAGCUGAUGGCAAGCUGCAUGACCAGGAUUCGAACCAGCGAUCUCCUGAUCAUAGUGGCAGCACUUUAGACUGCUGGACCACUCGGAGCUCAGACAGCUUUCUUAAGCCUGGAUCAUAAAGAUUUGUAAGAUUUGAUUGAAUGUCAGGAUUCAAUAAAUUAAAUUAUAAUUUUUUUU